AUGUGCAAUUCAACAGGUAGACCACAUCUCCUAUUGAUUGCUUUGGAUGCUCCAAGACCCAUCCUUCUUCAUUCAGACCCCUCUGUAGACCGGAUUUUACAGAAUUCCAUCUGCCCACAAAUCAUUCAGGGCUGCUAUGUGACUAAUACCGAUGGUAGGAACCCUGAAGUUGCCCAGUACCUAAUCUUGCAAGACUCAGGGGGUUGUCUCCCAGGUGUGAAUCCUGUAAUCCUUAGAGAGAUGGCUUCAUCACGUGAUUCCACUGGGGACUCUUUGGAGGUUAAUGAUGCUGAAUCUCUGGAGGGAAUGGUAGAAGUGGUUGUAGUUCAGCACUACAAGUGCAAGAUGUGCCAGUAUAAAAGUGGAUCCAAGUCUACUUUGCUUCACCAUGUUAGAGAUCGUCAUAUCCAUACAGGUGGCAAAGAUGAAAAGAAAGACAGAGGAUGCAAACUGGCACGGGCAAGAGAUGAAGAUGAGGAGGAAGAAGAGGAUGAUAUUGUGGAUGCCGGAGCUAUAGAUGACCCUGAUGGUGACAGUGACUACAGUCCAGGGGAGGAUGUGAAUCACGGCCAGGUCCUAAGUUCUCCACCAGGUACCCUUGCCAUAGAAAGACCCAGCAGAAAACCUGGGCGCCCUCGUAAGAUCCUGCGCAUCCAUGGUCCUGAACUGAACUACACCUCUCCUCCACCUCUCUCCAAUGACAGCCAGAAUGAUCUGGGCAUUAGUCAAUCUGAUCUUGAGAACAAGGACCCCCACUGUGAUCUUGAGAACCAGGACUCUUCCAACCCCAACCCCGAUGAGCUGAAAAUACAAAACCGACCAAGGGGCCGCCCACCUAAACAUUUUCGUGGGAAGAAGUUCCGCAGAUAUGGAGGACGAAGGUAUUACAAGCCCUCCACCAAGAGGUUACUUAGGCCCUUCCUUUGUCGCGUUUGUGGUUCCCGUUUCCUAACACAUGAGGAUUUUACCUUCCAUGUAAGCUCACAUGAUGGCAGCAGUCAAAACGUCCACUGUCAACAGUGUAACUACCAGUGCCGGAGGUGGUCAUCUCUAAAGGAACAUAUGUUUAACCACAAAGGAAAUAAGCCCCACAAGUGUGAGGAGUGUGAUUACACAAGUGUGUACAAGAAGGAUGUGAUUCGACACUCUGCUGUGCACAACAGGGAAAGAAAGAAGAAACCUGAUCAGCCGGCAAAAGCCAACACCUAUCCAUGUCCUGUGUGUAAUCGUGUUUAUAACAUGCAAAAGAGACUGACACAGCACAUGAAGACACACAGCACAGAGAAACCGCACAUGUGCGACAAGUGUGGCAAAGCCUUCAAGAAACGGUACACCUUUAAAAUGCAUCUUCUAACGCACCUACAGAGUGUGGGCAAUAGCAGGUACAAAUGCAAGUUCUGUGAUCAUACAUGCGAGGACCGAAAGCAGCUUCUGAAUCACCAGUUUACUCACAUGAAUGAUAAACCGUUCAAAUGUGAUCAAUGCAAGUACACCACAUUCCGACAGGACUUCUUGUUGGCCCAUCAAGCCACCAAGCAUACAGGUGGAAAACCAUUUGCUUGUGAUUAUUGCCACUUCACCAGGAAACACAAGAAGAAUCUGCACCUCCAUAUACAAUGCCGCCAUGCAGAUAUUUAUGAAGAGUGGAUUUAGCGCCACCCCGAGGAGCCUCCCUGCCGCCGCCGACCCUUCUUCUCUCUGCAACAGAUUGAGGAACUAAAACAGCAACAUGGACAGCUGGAGAGCCAGACUAAUCCAUCAGAGGAAGUACAGGAUAUUUCUGCUCAGGACCCUACUGGGGACCUUACUUAUAUGCUGCAGCAAACUACUCAAAAUCCUGGAGAACAACAAUCUCAGAAUCCUCUUGGAGCAGCUACAGUAAUAUAUGAGCAAGAUGGAGAGCUGACAACACAAGCUGCCUUGGAUUUGCUUCUGAAUAUGAGUGCACAAAGAGAGGGCCCAGGUGGAAGUCUACAGGUGGCUGUGGUAAAAUCUGGCUCAUGUGAGGAGGUACAGGAGUCAGAGGGCAGUGCUCAGGAACCCAACGUGGCUCAGGUCCUCACGUUGCACAUGGAUGAGAGAGAUGUAACCGAUGUGCCUCUGACAGUAUAUGAGGAGUCCAGUGAGGGCACUGUGCAACAGAUCAUAAUUAAUGCAGCGUUUUCAACUGCAGAGUACAGCUUGAUAAGCCCAGAAAACAUCCAGGCAUCUCUCAUCAGUGAUACCGACGUUCAGUCUAGAUCUCCUCAGGCCCUUCUUGAAGAAACCCUAAAAGACAAAAGUAACCUGCAGGUUCUGCACAAACCACAAGUUCAAGUUGCCCCAAGUGCUACUUCCACAAAUCAUUCACAUUCAGUAUGA